UUGAAAUGUGUGCCGUACGUGUGCACGUUGCUUUUGCUGCUCGCUGUUCACGAAGUAGCAGUUUACGGCUCGGUUUUGUUCACGGUAUUAUUCGUUAAAGACCGAAGCUCUGUCGAAUAAACGCUUUUUAAAAUCCAUUACUGUUAUUAACCGUGCUAGGGGUAGUUUUAUACCGAUAUCUGAGGACUACGGUGACAAUCUCCGGAGAAAACAGUCUAUUCUGGUAGCUGCAGUCUGUCUGUGUGUUAACCAGAGUAGUUGGCUGAAGUACUCAUCAGCCGUAAACCAGCCGCUGUACUUGAGCUACAUCAGCAUUUGUUAUUUCUAGGGAAAUGCCAACGUGCUGGCUUGUUAGUGAAGAUGACAGACACAAACCCAUUCUGCUUCCUCACCAACAAGCUCUGAUUUUGGGUCGAGGCCCAGAAACUAAGAUUAAGGACCAGAAGUGCUCCAGAAAUCAAGUUGAACUGAGAGCUGAUUGCAACCGAGGAUUUGUCACUGUGAAGCAGUUAGGUACCAACCCUACAAGUGUGGAAAAUGUCGUUGUGGGUAAAGGCAAUCAGGUGCCUCUAAAGAAAGGACAGAAGCUCUGCAUGGUCAACCAGCUUUAUCCAUACACAGUACGGUUUACUGAAGAUACAUCCACAUUUGGUUCUACUGGAGAAGGAAACAAGCCAGUGAAAAGACCCUACCAGAAAGAUUCUCAUGGAGAUGAAAAAGAGAAAGAGAGUCCAGCCUUUAAAAUGUCAACACCAUCCCACACAGAACAAGCAUCAAACGGUGCAUCUGUGGCAGAAAAAGCAACACCACAAAAGGCAGAACCUGCAGGCCAUUGGAGUCAAGGUCUAAAAGUCUCAAUGCAGGACCCAAAGAUGCAGGUGUAUAAAGAUGAGAAGGUAGUGGUGAUCAAGGAUAAAUACCCAAAGGCACGGUAUCAUUGGCUGGUGCUGCCGUGGGAGUCGAUCUCGAGUCUGAAAGCUCUGAGGGCAGACCACUGUGAGCUACUAAAACACAUGCAGACAGUGGGGGACAGGAUGAUAAAGCAGUGCCCCGACGCCCAGAAACUGCGCUUCCGCCAAGGCUAUCAUGCCAUACCCAGUAUGAGUCAUAUUCACCUGCAUGUGAUAAGCCAAGACUUCGACUCUUCUUGUCUGAAGAACAAAAAACACUGGAAUUCAUUCACCACUGACUACUUCAUCGACUCUCAGGAAAUCAUUGCUAUGUUGGAGCGAGAUGGAAAAGUGAGCGUGAAAGAAGGCGUGGGUGAGCAGUUGAAGCUGCCGUUGCGUUGCCAUGUUUGCCGCAAAGAGCAAGCUACAAUACCGAAGCUGAAGGACCAUCUCAAAAUUCAUUUGCCUUCCUGAAACUUUCCCAAGCCAGUCAAAGUUCUGUUGAAAAGAAGAGACCUGCACUAUAUGUAGCUAUACAUAAAUAAUGGAGAGUUUUAAAGUAAUGUUUAUUUGCUUUAUAGAUAAAUGGUCCUGUACCUGUAAUACUCCAAUAAGGCAUUUAAGGGUUCCUAGUGUUUGGUUACAUUAGCAUUGUUGCUUAGUAUUCUGCUUUACAGUUUGUCAGUAUGUAUAUAAUUAGACCCUAACUGAAUUAAAAUGUUUUCAUUUACAAUUU